UACUGACACCGCUACAACGUGUUUUUAUCGCUGGCUGUCCAGACGGAAGGUGCUGAAACGCUUUGUCGCGUGUCUGGAAGAAGUGAAAACUUUCCUGGGCAGCAAAGGGCUCACCUUUCCUGAGCUGGAACAGCCAGAGUGGCUGGAAAAGCUACACUUCAUGUUAGACAUGACAGCGCACCUGAACACGCUGAACACAGCUCUUCAGGGGAAAGGACGUACAGCCCUGCACAUGUUGGAGGAUGUUUUGGCAUUCGAGCGCAAGUUGACAGUGCUUGCCAGAGAUUUACAGAAAGGCACUUUGUCUCACUUCCCCAAUUUGAGAGAGUUCAAACAAGGUCACGACAUGAUAAUUUCGGAGUAUUUACAUUCUGCAAUCAUCGCAAUGCAAACAUCGUUUGGGAAACGCUUCUGUGAGUUCAGAGAGGAAAAAAACACAUUAUCCUUCCCGGUCACUCCCUUAAGCAUCGAUCCUUCCCUACUGAAUACGACUGCAUUGGCAGGUGUGAUUCAACCUGAUCUUGAGAUGGAACUGGCCGACAUAGCCGACAAAGACAUAUGGGUGUCCAAGUUUAGACGCUUGACAGCAGACCUUGAAGAUGUUGCCCGUCAGAAGGCCGUUCUUGCUCAGAAACACAAAUGGAGUGAUAUUGAAAACCUCACAGAUGACAGCUUGCGAUCCUGUGUAAAGAUGAAGGUGACAUCAUACAGCCCUGAUGUGCAGACGCUGUGCGCUGAGGUCCAGGAGCAGAAAUCCCAUUAACCAAGAUGACAGCUGGCUGACGUUAUUUUUGGUUUGCUGCUGGUGGAAAAUUUAAGUUCGGC